AUGGAUGGACAUGGUGAGCGCAACUCUCCAAAAGAGGCACCGAAUAACACGGAGAUGCUCCUCGCUUUGCUGUCGCACAGUGAGGAGCUACGGAAAGAAAUCCCAGUGUGUGCAGGCUGCAAUCAACACAUCGUGGACCGCUUUAUCCUCAAAGUGCUUGAUCGCCACUGGCACAGCAAGUGCCUGAAAUGCAGCGACUGCCAGGCGCAACUGGCGGAGAAGUGCUUCAGCAGGGGCGACAGCGUCUACUGCAAGGAGGAUUUCUUCAAGAGAUUCGGGACCAAAUGUGCGGCCUGUCAGCAGGGGAUACCGCCCACACAGGUGGUGAGAAGAGCGCAGGACUUCGUCUAUCACCUGCACUGUUUCGCCUGCAUCGUGUGCAAGAGGCAGCUGGCCACAGGUGACGAGUACUAUCUAAUGGAGGACAGCAGGCUGGUCUGUAAGGCCGACUACGAGACCGCCAAACAGAGAGAAGCAGACUCAACUGCAAAAAGGCCACGAACAACCAUCACUGCUAAACAGCUGGAAACGCUGAAGAAUGCUUACAAUAACUCUCCCAAACCUGCCCGCCACGUCCGGGAGCAGCUAUCAUCAGAGACGGGCCUGGAUAUGCGGGUUGUGCAGGUUUGGUUUCAGAACAGGCGAGCCAAAGAGAAAAGGCUGAAGAAAGACGCUGGUCGGCAGAGGUGGGGGCAGUACUUCCGCAACAUGAAGAGGUCACGAGGAAGCUCCAAAUCCGACAAGGACAGCAUCCAGGAGGAGGGCAUGGACAGUGACGCCGAGGUGUCCUUUACAGAUGAACCACCCAUGUCAGAACUUGGCCUCACUAACGGCAUCUACAGCAGUCUGAGCGAGUCCUCUCCAGCCAUGGGGGGCCGCCAAGGGAGCAACAACCACAGCUCCUUCCCCCUGGAGCACAGCGUCAUCCCCUCUCAAGACCAGUUCCAUGACAUCCGCUCCAACAGCCCCUAUGGCCUUCCUCAGUCGCCAGGGCCACUUCAGGCGUUACCCAGACACCAACCUCUCAUCUCCAGCUUGGUCUACCCCGACUCUGGCCUUUCUAUCAUGACCCAGGGCAGCGGGCCCGGGAUCAACCCCGCGGUGAGGGUCUCCAUGGGUGCCGCCAAUGGUCCAAGCUCAGACCUCUCCACCGGCAGCAGCGGAGGAUACCCAGACUUUCCUGCCAGCCCUGCCUCCUGGUUAGAUGAAGUGGACCACGGACAGUUUUGA